GGAAGCGGGCACAACAACACGGGCAUAGGGGGAGGCACGAGUUAAGCAGCAGCAGAUGCAGCCCAGUCAGGGCGUGUGGGGAGGAGACGAUGCCGCUGCUGCGACCUUGCGCGUGAAGUCACAAAGAGCCGGCUGUGCGAUUGGUGCGGACGGAGAGACGCAGCGAGUCGCCGCAGACCGAGCGCGUCCGUCCCGCCGCUGGCAGAGCGCGCUGUGUGUGUGCACGGCACCGGGGCCCAGGGCGGCAUCUACGAUUCGCGGCAGCGGGGACCGUGCUGGUUACCUGGAUCCCCCGGAGCAGGGGCCCAGCUCGCUGAGGAGUGAUGGGGGAUUGCUAGGGUGUAGGAGGUGCGGGUGAUCCCAGUGGCUCCAACCGGGCAUCAAGUCACCGACUACGGGGCAGGAGAAGCCUGCAAACCGCCCCCUUUGCAGAGGCGGCCGGGGCCAUGAAGCUUCGUGCAGACUGUGGCCCCCCAUCCCUGCUGAUCUGAGCGCCGGGGCCCCCCGCAGGCAUGAGAGCCGCCGAGGACAUGGAUGGGUUCGAGGCAGAAGCGUCCACAGCCUCCAUGGUCUCCGGUGCCAGCAGCCCGUACCAGCCCACCACGGAGCCGGUGAGGCAGAAUCUAAGUUGGCGGGGCAUUUGCUGUGACAUGGACUACAUCCGCUCGGUCUAUGGGAUCCUGAAAUGCAGCCAAGUGAUCCUAGCUCUGCUGGCUUUCAUCUGCAUUGAGACCAUAAUGGAGUGCUCGCCCUGUGAGGGCUUGUACUUCUUCGAGUUUGUCAGCUGUAGCGCAUUUGUGGUGACCGGCGUCCUACUGCUUAUGUUCAGCCUGUCCCUGCAUGAGAGAGUCCCUCACAUCAACUGGAUCCUGACGGAUCUGGUGAACACUGGGCUGAGCGCUCUGUUUUUCUUCAUUGCCUCUGUAAUUUUGGCCUCGCUGAACCACCAAUCUGGGGCGGAAAUUUCUGCAGCGGUUUUCGGCUUUUUGUCCACCAUUUCCUAUUCUGUGAACACCUACUUGGCGCUCAGGAAAUGGAAGUUUGGCAGGCGAUCCCAGAACAUGCGUCAGUCCAGUGACUACAUGAGAGCGCGCAGCGAGUCUCGCGACGUAGACAGCCGCCCUGAGAUUCAGCGUUUGGAUGCUUGAGCAGCUCAGAGAAAAUAGGGAUUUUCCUUUUUACGUGGCUGGGCUUGAUUUGGAAACUGCUUGACCUGUAAGGUGGCAGGAAGGCAGAGCAAUGUUUUAGCUCAUUCCAAGUGGGUUAGAAGAGAAAUGGGAUUUCAGAACCUUGAAAUGUCCCAACAUUCCUGUACCGUUCUUCACAUUCCAUAUUUCUUUCUGUAAGGGAGAGUAGGGUCACAAACUUCUGCGGAGGAGCCACAUCAGGAAGUUAGUGUCCUAUAUAACCUGCUAUGGAAUGUUUUUAAUAGACAAUUGACCAAAAAAACACACACAAAAAACUACGUGGGAUCAAAUAGGAUUUAUGAAGUGACUGUGGCCUUGGUUCUAUGAAGAGAGCAUUGCCUAGCACAUUAAUUACCCCCAGAGGAAAAAUGUUAACUGUCUUGAGGUUUGUACAAUUCUUAUUUAAAAAAUGUUUUAAUCAUUCAUUUUAAUCGUCUGUCUUCUACUAUUUAAAUUUAAUCAUUUUGGAUUUUCUUAAUUGAUAUAUUUUUUUUUUUCAUCUAAUAAGAUUUUGGAUAUUUUAUAAAUGUGGCAGAAAUUGUUUUGGCAGUCUCUUUGGGCUAAGAAAUUUGGGUUAUGAAGUAAAAACGGUUACCUCUGGUAAUUUUCCACAUUUAAUAUUUAAAUUAUUUUUAAUUUGAAAGUCCUAAGUAGCUUGUGUAUAAUAUUGAAAUGUAUUUUUCCUUUUUGUUUUAGUUAAUGGAAAUGUAAUUGUAUUCACAUCUGAUGUCAUUCUUGUAACAGUGAUGUAAGCAAUAUGACGCCACUAUACGUAUGCAAUAUGUAACACUAUGGACUGAGAAUCUAACGCUAGUUCUGAGUUUUGAAGCAAUAUUUUAACUAAGUUUUAACUUUGCUGAAGGGAAUUAAUUGCUGAAAUAAUACUUAGGGGGAAUUCAAUUAUCCACAAAAAUUUUACCUGUUCGAAAACGGGGGUAGCCUCCAGCUUGUUGGGACUUUUUAGCUUCAGCUUAUUCAAUUAAAGCCCAUUUUUUGCACCCGUUAAA